AUGUUACUUGAGCUCCAGGCACCAUGUGUAGUAGUAUUAAAGAUUAAAGGAACAGAUCAAAUUAUUGGAGGUUAUAAUCCAGUCGGAUGGAAAGGACGUGACAUUUGGGAAUAUACAGAGGAUAGUUUUCUGUUUUCUCUUGGUAAUGGAAAAAGUGUAAAAAGUGUUAUAUUGAGUAGAGUAAAAAAUAGUUAUGCAAAUAGAGCGAUAUUUCAUGGUAAAUUAUACGGACCAGUAUUUGGAUCAAGUGAUUUAGAGAUGAAAGAAAAGUUUAACAAAGAUUACAAUUGUUGGUCGCAAGCUAGUUCUUAUGAGUAUAUAAUUACAAGUGAAAGCAGAUUUUGUGUGGAUGAUUAUGAAGUUUUUCAAAUUAUUAAAAAAGAGGAAAAUUAUUAA